AUGUGGUACAGAUCGGCCUCAUUCAUCCGCGACAGUCAGCUGCAGCGGCGGCCGGAGGACGCCGUAAGCAUUCCCGGAGGGGGGCCUCCCGCCGCGGCCGCCGGCGCCGCUAACCCUAGUAACAUCUCGAUGUACUACCAGACUCGAGCGGCACAGCACGGCGUCGUCACGAGCGACUGGCUGGAUCAGGCGCGGGCCGCCGCGGCCUCGGAGGUCGAUGGCGUUCCGGGCGACGAUGACGGGGACAAGGGUUUCAGCGUGGUGGAUGAGUUCAACAGGUGGCGUGCGCAGCCGGAGAUGGCGGAGGCGGUGGCGGCGACCAGGGCUCUGGCUUCGGUCAUUCGGUCGAGUCAAGCUACCACGAUGAUGGAGCUACAGAUUGAGCUUAAGAAGGCCUCCGAUUCACUCAAAUCAUGGGAUGGGACUUCCAUCUCUCUAACAGCUGGUUGUGACCUCUUCAUGCGCUAUGUGAAAAAAACAUCGGCUUUGGAAGAUGAAGACUUCAAUUCUACAAAGUCUUGGCUUCUCGAGCGUGCUGAGAAGUUUGGCAAUAUUUCAUAUAAGGCUCGCAGAAAAAUUGCCAAGCUCAGUCAAGAUUUCAUUUUCGAUGGUUGUACCAUAUUGGUGCAUGGCUUCUCUAGAGUGGUGCUUGAGGUUUUGAGAAUGGCGGCACAAAAGGGAAGACCAGAAAGGACAGGAUUACUGUUAUCCAAUGAGCUAGCUAAGAUCGAUGUUCCUGUUAAGCUCUUAAUAGACUCUGCUGCGGCAUAUAAUAUGGAUGAAAUAGACAUGGUGCUUGUGGGGGCCGAUGGUGUGGUUGAGAAUGGCGGCAUAAUAAAUAUGAUGGGAACCUAUCAAAUUGCACUGAUUGCCAAAAGCACGAACAAGCCGGUUUAUGUUGCUGCCGAGAGUUACAAGUUUGCUCGGCUUUAUCCAUUGGAUCAAAAAGACAUGGUGCCUGCUUUGCGUCCGAUCGAUUUUGGAGUCCCGAUUCCUUCAGGAGUCGAGGUUGAAACAUCUGCUAGGGAUUACACACCUCCACAGUUUCUUACCUUACUCUUUACUGAUUUAGGCGUCUUAACACCAUCGGUAGUGAGUGACGAGCUCAUCCACCUAUAUGACAAGUGUUUGGUUUAGAUAUUUUUUUUUUUUUUUUUUUU